AUAUGAGAUCGGGACUGGUGGUCUGAAAGAAGGAAUAGCUUACGUCCAUAGGAGGUUGUUCCUACGGAAAAACCUGUGGAGAACUACUAUAUAAUCAGAUCACUACUCGGAAAAGGAGGAUGCGGCUCAGUGUACGCUGGGAUCCGCAUCUCCGAUGGGCUGCCGGUUGCCCUAAAAUACGUGCAGAAAGCGAAAGGGGAUGAACUGCUUCUGCCUGGUGAGGAAGUUGGAAUUCCCAUGGAAGUGGGUCUCAUGAAACUAGUGAACCAGAACGAGAGGCAUCCCAACAUCUUGCGGCUGCAUGAAUGGUUUGACACCCCAGACCACUAUAUUAUGGUGCUGGAGCGUCCGGACCCCUGUGUGGACCUCCUCGAGUUCUGCGAGUCCCAAAAUGGCUUGCUGGAUGAACAGCGGGCGAGGGCAGUGACUGAGCAACUGCUCCAGGCCCUGCUUCACUGCCAGCGGUGCGGCGUUUUCCAUCGCGACGUGAAACCGCCCAACGUCCUGAUCAACACCGAAACCUUGCGUGUUAUCCUAAUAGAUUUUGGGUGCGGGGAUCUUUGGCUGGAUACGCCGUACACCACCUUCGCAGGCACCAAGGAAGUUACACCUCCCGAGUGGUUUGUGAAGGGGCUUUACCAGGCUGGCCCUGCCACGGUGUGGUCCUUAGGGGUGACGCUGUACUGUCUCGUCUGUGGCUACCUGCCGUUCAAAGGCUACGACGAGCGAAGCAUGAGCGCGCUCCAUUUCCCCGAAGGGCUGUCCCCUGAGGUCAUGGACUUCAUCAGCUGGUGCUUGGAACCCAAGGUGGAGGCCCGAGCCACUCUAGGAGAGCUCCAAGUCCACCAUUGGCUCAGUCCCAUCUGCCCAGAACAAGAACAUGUGGAGGAACAUGUAGAGGACGCCUACAUGAUCGGAUCCCAAAUUGGAGAGGGAGGAUGCGGCUCAGUGUUAGCUGGGUUCCGCAUCGAUGAUGGACAGCGGGUUGCCCUAAAAUACGUGAAGAGAUGGGAAGGGGAUGAACUGCUUAUGCCUGGAAUGGAAGACGGAACUCCCGGUGAAGUGGUGCUCAUGACCCUUGUGGACCAGGGGAAUGGCCAUCCCAACGUCUUACACUUCUAUGAGUGGUUUGACAAGGCGGACCAUUACGUCAUGGUGCUGGAGCGGCCUGAGAACUGCAUGGACCUCCUCGACCUCUGCGCGUCCCAAAACGGUUUCCUGGAUGAACGGCGGGCGAGGGCAGUGACUGACCAACUGCUCCAGGCCCUGCUGCACUGCCAGCAGUGUGGCGUUUUCCAUCGCGACGUGAAACCAGGAAACGUCCUGAUCGACACGGAAACCCAGCGCGUCAUCCUAAUAGAUUUUGGGUGCGGGGAUCUCUGGCAGGAUACACCGUACACCACCUUCGCAGGCACCAAGGAAUUUGCACCUCCCGAAUGGUUUAUGAAGGGGCUGUACCAGGCUGGCCCUGCCACGGUGUGGUCCUUAGGGGUGACGCUCUACUGUCUCGUCUGUGGCUACUUGCCGUUUAACCGCUACGACGAGCGGAGCAUGAGCGUGCUCCAUUUCCCCGAAGGGCUGUCCCCUGAGGUCAUGGACUUCAUCAGCUGGUGCUUGGAACCCAAGGUGGAGGACCGAGCCACAUUAGGAGAGCUCCAAGAACACGAUUGGCUCAGUCCCAUCUGCCCAGAACAAGUGGGAAUCGUGGAGGAGGAGGAGAGGGACUGCCAGGAAGAUGAAGAGCUGAAGGACCUGCAAGAGGAGAAACUGGGCUCCUCCAUCUCUCUCAGUCCACGUGUCAUCAUGGAAAGUGAGAGAGAGUGCCAGGAAGAUGGAGAGGAGAAGAGCAUGCAUGAGUCCAAGCUGGACCUCUGCAACUCUCUCAUUCCUGCAGUCAUGAAGAGAGAGUGCCAGGAAGAUGGAGAGGAGAAGAGCAUGCACAUGGAGAUACUGGGCUGCUCCAACUCUCCCAUUCCAGCAAAGUGCCCCAAAAACGCCCCAGGAAUGUGGAAGAGGAAGAUGGCAUGUGAACAGCAGGCAGUGGUGCUGGGAGAUAUUCUGCUCCCCUGCAGCAGUGCCAAGCCUGCAAAGCGACCUCGAAAAGUGGGAAUCGUGGAGGAGGAGGAGAGGGACUGCCAGGAAGAUGAAGAGCUGAAGGACCUGCAAGAGGAGAAACUGGGCUCCUCCAUCUCUCUCAGUCCACGUGUCAUCAUGGAAAGUGAGAGAGAGUGCCAGGAAGAUGGAGAGGAGAAGAGCAUGCAUGAGUCCAAGCUGGACCUCUGCAACUCUCUCAUUCCUGCAGUCAUGAAGAGAGAGUGCCAGGAAGAUGGAGAGGAGAAGAGCAUGCCCACGGAGAUACUGGGCUGCUCCAACUUUCCCAUUCCAGCAAAGUGCUCCAAAAACGCCCCAGGAAUGUGGAAGAGGAAGAUGGCAUGUGAACAGCAGGCAGUGGUGCUGGGAGAUAUUCUGCUCCCCUGCAGCAGUGCCAAGCCUGCAAAGCGACCUCGAAAAGUGGGAAUCGUGGAGGAGGAGGAGAGGGACUGCCAGGAAGAUGAAGAGCUGAAGGACCUGCAAGAGGAGAAACUGGGCUCCUCCAUCUCUCUCAGUCCACGUGUCAUCAUGGAAAGUGAGAGAGAGUGCCAGGAAGAUGGAGAGGAGAAGAGCAUGCAUGAGUCCAAGCUGGACCUCUGCAACUCUCUCAUUCCUGCAGUCAUGAAGAGAGAGUGCCAGGAAGAUGGAGAGGAGAAGAGCAUGCCCACGGAGAUACUGGGCUGCUCCAACUCUCCCAUUCCAGCAAAGUGCUCCAAAAACGCCCCAGGAAUGCGGAAGAGGAAGAUGGCAUGUGAACAGCAGGCAGUGGUGCUGGGAGAUAUUCUGCUCCCCUGCAGCAGUGCCAAGCCUGCAAAGCGACCUCGAAAAGAUGAAGACGGAAGGAGGCUGCAGCAACAGCUUCAGCCUCUUAUGCUACGCUGUGGUGGAGGAGAAAGCCAAGGCAGUGAAGGAGAGGGCCUGAAAGAACGUGGCCUCCCUGUGCCUGGUGAUCGUGCACCUCCAGACCACGGCCGUUUGAGAAGAGGAGCAGAAUGGCCGCCUCCGCAACCGGAGCAGAGAGAGGACGAGGAGUGUCCCGGCCAGGCCCAGCAGGGCCUGUUCUCACCCCUCUGGCCAUGCCACAGCUGUCACUGCACAGGCCCAGAAUCCCGCUGCCUCCCAGCCUGCCAACCACAGAAGCAUCGCGAGCUGGGCUACAGAGGGCACGGGGCCAGACCAAUCCCAGGAUAUGACCAAUGCGAUGGGCAACCAGGCCUCGCCGUUGCCCUCCAGGACCAUGGGCCAAAUCUCCCCACGGGGUUGAUAAAAUAACGUUGGGG